AUGGCGGACAAGGAAUAUUCAGAAGAAGAAAGAGGAGAGCGGAUUAAAGCAGUUAUUGAAAAUAUUCGUACUCGUAGUAAAAAGCUGAAGAAGAAAGCUCUGGUGCCUGCAACUAAAAAAGUCAGUGAGCCAAAAGAAAAGGAAAAAAUGGAUGCUGCAGGACAGGAAAAGAGAAAACAGAAACCUAGCGGCCGUCAUACUAUGUACAAGCUACAUAUCGGAUGGCGCCAUUACUGUCAAGGUGACUUUAGACAAAUUACAUCAAGACGAGAUAGAUAUGACAUGGAUAUGCGAAUCGACAGCGAGGUUACUGAAAAUCUGAACAACACACACUUUGGCAUAACUGCUGAUUUGAAAGAUUGCGUUUCUAAUACAGCAGCUACAGAUUCUAGCCUAGACAUGGUUACACAAACGUUUAUUGAAACAAGUGAUUUGGGUGAAAAUGAUGGUAAAGGAUUUGUGGAUUCUGUGGAAACCAGACUGGACAAGGAUGAAAAUGAAAAUGAUAUUAAAGCUAAGCUUACUGGAAAAAACUCAAGAAAGAGUAUGGGUUCUUCUGAUAAUUUAGUUGCAGAGCAACCACCAGUUAAAAAAGGGUUUACACAGUUGGAUGCUAAUACUGACAACUUAAAUGUAAGGUUUGGAGACUUCAAAUUAUUGGAAAAAAUAGGGGAGGGUGGUUUUGGUGAGGUUUACAAAGGUGAAUAUUUGGGAACAGAUAUUGCAGUGAAGAAAGUUAAGAUAAAACGCAUGAAAGUUGUGAAACAGUCAGUGUUGCAAGAAGUUGUCACAAACAGUCAUCUUAGGCAUCCAAACAUUGUUCUACUGAUGGGUUACUCAAUCAAUACUGAUUGUCUCUAUCUUCUCACAGAGUUAAUUGCAGGUCCAAAUUUGGAUGAUGUGCUUUUUGCUGACAAUGAGUACGAAUUUACUGUGCCUCAAAAACAUGCAGUGGCAUUGCAAGUAUGUCAGGGUGUAGCAUAUUUACAUAAUCAUAAUCCAAUAGUUAUUCACAGAGACAUUAAGCCUGAAAACAUUUUGCUGACGAGAAAUUUGGAAACGGCAAAACUUUGUGACAUGGGAUUGUCUAAGGUGAAGGUAAUGAAUACCAUGACCAAAACAGUUGCAGAUCGCAGAGAGACACAGCCAGGAACUCCAGCUUAUCAAGCUCCAGAGAUUCUUCUGCAAGCUAGGAGAGGCAGAACACAAGCAGAUGUUUGGAGCCUCUGUUGUUCAUUAGUUGAGCUCUUUACUGCCAAAACCAUAUGGGACUUGACCAGUGAGGAUGAUGAAAAUGACGACUCUGUCCAGGUUAUAAUCCGGGCAAUGCAAAGAAAGGAUAUGCCACAUGGGUUAAGUAAUUUAGACAGGGAGCAUACCCUUUCAGUGCAGCUGAAGGCUGUUAUUCAGAAGGGCUUAUCAUACCAGAUUGAGGACAGACCGACAGCAUUAGACUUUGUAGUUGCGCUAAAACAUGAACUUUAA